AGGCUACCCGUCAGGAAUGGGAUCACGUGAUGGAGUGGGGCGGUCGAACUAAGCCAUUUUGGGGACUGUGUCAGUUUGCACUGAACCAUCAGGCACUGUGUUUUUCAGAUCGCCGUGCAGGAGAUCCACGCCUCUGGAAUUUACCAUUUAUGAGCGUAAUCUGUGGAUUUAUCUGUGAUUCAAAUCGGAAAGUGUCGGCAAAGAGUGAGUUACGUUAUUGGGCAAGAAGGCCACAAUGAACACGGCGGAGAAACGUUAGAGCCAUUGACAGCGUCUGCAGCUCAUUCCAAGAUGGCCGCUUCGGUAGCAUUCAUUUUUUGCUGAUCGACUCUCAAGUUUCAUUGUCUACCACAACAAAGCUUAGAAACCAUCGGCAAAUAUACUUGAAAAGACAACAGCUCCGUUUCCAGUACAUAGUGUGUUAAAUAGGUCCGCGAACUCACAUGACAAUGCACCGAACAACAAGAAUCAAGAUAACGGAGCUAAAUCCUCAUUUGAUGUGCGUUUUAUGUGGAGGAUACUUUAUUGAUGCGACCACCAUUGUCGAAUGUUUGCAUUCAUUCUGCAAAAUGUGCAUUGUGAGGUAUCUGGAGACCAGCAAAUAUUGUCCUAUUUGUGAUGUCCAAGUUCAUAAAACAAAACCUCUCCUCAAUAUCAGGUCAGAUAAGACCCUUCAAGACAUUGUGUACAAGCUGGUGCCUGGUCUGUUCAAAAAUGAGAUGAAACGAAGGAGGGAUUUUUAUGCUGAGCAUCCAGUUGAUGCUACUAAUGGUUCUAAUGAGGACAGAGGAGAAGUUGCAGAUGAAGACAAGAGAAUCAUCGCAGACGAUGAGAUCAUCAGUCUGUCCAUUGAGUUUUUUGAUCAGAACAAAAAGAUCAGGCUUGACAGUAAAGAUGGAGAAGAAAAAGAAACCACAAAAGAGGUGAAUGUAAAGCGGUACUUACAAUGCCCCGCGGCUAUGACAAUAAUGCAUCUCAGAAAAUUUCUCAGAAGUAAAAUGGAUAUACCAUGCACCUUUCAGAUUGAAGUUAUGUAUGAAGACGAGCCUUUGAAAGAUUAUUAUACUCUUAUGGAUAUUGCUUAUAUCUACACAUGGAGAAGGAAUGGGCCCUUGCCAUUGAAGUACAGAGUUAGGCCUGGCUGCAAAAAAAUGAAGUUGAGCAACCCAAGGGAUAAUAUGAUCGGCGGCAGAAGGCCUGAUAUAGAAAGCGAUUCCAACAGUGACAAACCAAACAGCCCGACUGCUGCUGCCGCCCCAUCCACAUCCUCCUCUCUGCCCAGCCCGAGCACUCCUGUCCAUUCUUCACAUCCCAGCUUCCCCCAUAUCUCCACCGUCAAUGGAGUCUCUGCCAAAACGGUCCACAAUGGCCAAACUCCUUUCAGCAGCAAAGUCUGCAAAACUUCUCAUAAUGGCUCCAACUGUCUUGGGUGACUUGCUUGUGGAUCCCAAAGCCAAAAACCCCUUGCAAACAGAGCUGUGAUGUAGAUGCUUUCUUUAUAAAACACCUCUUCAAUUUUUUAUAUCAUUUUUAAAUAUAUUUGUUUUGUCACCACGUGUGAAAAACUUUGUAACAGCGUUGUUUGUGUUAUAUUUUGUAUUAAUUGCUAUGGCGUGACUAAUAUUGUGAAGAGUACUGGAGGGAAACUCGAUAAGAAGGAGAAUGUAUCUAGAUGUUUUUAUAAACUCUGUCUUGUUUAGAUUAGAACAUCAGUGUAUAUAAAUCAUUUACUUUUCCGUGAAAUCUUCAAUAAAACACGUGGCGGCACGCGCAGUGUUUGAUUAUGCAGAUUUUACAACAAACCUACAUUUGCAAAGGGCAGGAAUGCAGCAGCUUCAGUAUUGUAUUGGAAAAACACAGAAAGUGUUAUAAAAAAUAAAUAAAAUAUCUGCUAUCUUCAUGCUCGUCAUAUAAGUUGAGAAGUGUUUUUUUUUUCUUGAUGCGUCAUCACGCGAGGAGAGAAGACUCCGUACAGACUUAAGUUCAGAUAGUAGCCUAUUUCUUGCUCUGGCUUUUUGUUCAAGCGGUUAUUUGUUAAAGCCAGUGUGUCAUUUACUGUUGUACAAUAUGAAACAUUUGCCUUAAUAAACAUUUUACUUUUUUCAAAAUUACUAAA